ACCUUCUGGACUCUUUUGUAGAGAAGUGACUUAUUGCCAAGAGUAAAAAUGGGGACCUAUGAGGUAAAGGUGUAUACUGCUGGAGGAAUUUUCCCCCAAACCAAGGACUACAUAUAUAUGAGGCUGGUGGGGGAAGAAGGAGAAAGUGACUCAACAUGGAUUUCUGAAAAGUGUGAGAUAAAAACCGAUAAAUCUCUUGGAAAAUUGCAACAAAUAGUGAUUCACAAGGAGACUUCAUUUCAUUUACUUCCUGACGACUGGUUGCCGGCAAAAAUAGAAGUCAAAACUCAUAAAAAUGAAACCUACAUCUUCCCCCUGUACACCUGGAUUACUGAUGAUGGGAAACACUACUUCAGAGAGGGUCAAGCUUUUAUACCCUCUGAGGACCCUUUUGACCCAUCCAGUCGGCAGGAAGAGAUUAGCAAACGACAAGAUGCAUAUCGCUGGAAAAUAUCUGAGAAAGGAAUACCUGAUCAUAUCAAAGCAAAAGACAUGGAUGACCUGCCUAAAGACGCCCAGUUCACAUUCAGCAAGGCGGCAGAUUUUACGAUUGAGGCAAUCAAAGGCCAGGUUUGGGAUAAAGUGAAAUCCUUCUUUUUCGGUGAUAAUAAAUGGUCUGGUUUUGAUGAGAUCGGUGACAUGAUGGACUACAGCAAAUAUAAACUUCUGGACUAUGUCAGAAACAACUGGAAGGAUGAUGAUUUCUUUGGCUACCAGUUCCUGAAUGGUCUUAACCCCAUGGUGAUCAGACGCUGUGAGACCCUGCCUGACAACUUUUCUGUCACUGAUGACAUGAUCAGCCAGUACAGCAAGGGUCCCUCUAGUCUGGAUCAGGAAUUGAAGCUGAAACAGGAUCCAGGAGCAGACAACCCAAUUUUCCUUCCUACUGAUCAUCACUAUGAGUGGUUGUUGGCAAAAACCUUUGUAAGAAGUGCAGAAUUUAAUUUGCAUCAGCUCAACUUUCAUCUGCUGCGCACUCACCUGCUGGCUGAGGUCUUUGCAGUGUCCACGCGGCGCAACCUACCUAUGGUUCAUCCACUGUACAAGCUUCUCAUACCCCACACUCGCUACACUCUGGCUAUUAAUGUCCUGGCUCGACAGAUGCUAAUAUCUGAGCAUGGUGUCUUUACAGAGAUAGCAGCUUCGGGUGGAGAGGGUAUGUUCCAACUCCUGAGGAGAUCCUUGUCCAAAAUAAAGUACAGAUCCCUCUGUAUACCUGAUGACAUUGAAGAUCGCGGGAUGGACAAAAUUCCCAACUUCUACUACAGAGACGACGGAAUGAAACUGUGGAACAGUCUACACAGAUUUUUUUCAGGAAUCCUGAAACACUACUACAAGACUGACAAGGACGUGAAAGCAGACGCAGAACUGCAGGAUUGGAUAGGGGACAUUUUUAGACAUGGAUUUCUUUCCAACAAAAAAUCUGGAAUCCCAAAUAAAUUUACCACAGUGGCUGAUCUGGUGAAGUUCGUCACCAUGGUGAUCUUCACUGGCUCGGUCCAACAUUCUGCUGUGAACUCUGGACAGAGCAAUUCCUCUGGAGUCGUCACCAAGAUGCCCAGGGCAGGGCUGGACCAACCUAUGGGCCCCGUCCGGUGA